GAAGCUCGUCUUGAAAUUAGCAGCUAAUUUUCACGUGUAUGUCCCUGGCUGAGGAGCACUCAAAAAGAGAAGGCAGUGGCUUUCUCUGGAGAUUCUGGGGUAGUCCUGGGGUGCUUCCCAGAAGCAGACAUUCCCCAGCUGAUUCCCAGGCAGGUUGUGUGGGGGUUAUAUUCCUUGGGGCUACUGAAAUAAAAUGAAAUCUGAAGAGCAAAGCUUUUUACUGCGAUGGCUUCUGGUCCUCCCCGUGUUCCUGGGCUCAUCACAGUAAACGUUGGGUGAGCAAGCAAAUGAAUGGAAAGAGAAUGAAUGGAUAGAAGGCUGAUGAAAAAUAGAAUCUGGUUAGUUGAGGAGUUCCAAGUCAAAUUCUAGAAGGUGGGAGCGCUUCCAAAGACAUCCUCUAUGCUCGAGUAUUUCAGAGGGCGCACAACUUGUCAGUGGACGUGGUGGCCAUUCACUCCGCUCGUCCAGAGGCGCACGGCUAUUUGUUGAGUUGCGCCUCAAACUCCGUUACCAUAGCUACAAAUACAGCCUCGCGCGGGGCGGGGCUUGGGCCAUGCGUCAUUCCUAGCGCGACGCUCGCCUCGCUCCCGCCCCUUUUUUGUCGGAGACCCUCUCCUGCCCGGCUGUCGCUGCACCUGCGCGCCUUUUCCCACUUGCCCCUCAUUUCCACUCUGCGCCUGCGCAUUGCCCACCCGAGCGCGCGGGGAGCCGCCAGGCGCAUGCGCAAUGUGUGGGGGGGUCUGCCGCUUUGGUGUCGCCGCCGUUGGUGCUGCAGCCGUUGCCGCCUCCCUGCUGGCAAGUGUGUGAAGGAGGAGCCGAGGGUCGCCGCCGGCGCUAUGGGGAGAAAGUCGAGCAAAGCAAAGGAGAAGAAGCAGAAGCGGUUGGAAGAACGUGCAGCCAUGGAUGCCGUCUGUGCCAAAGUGGAUGCUGCCAACAGGCUUGGAGACCCUCUCGAGGCUUUCCCAGUAUUUAAGAAAUAUGACCGAAAUGGGUUGAAUGUCUCCAUUGAAUGUAAGCGAGUGUCUGGACUGGAGCCAGCCACUGUGGAUUGGGCCUUUGACCUGACCAAAACGAAUAUGCAAAUCAUGUAUGAGCAAAGUGAGUGGGGCUGGAAAGACCGAGAGAAACGGGAGGAAAUGACAGAUGAUCGAGCUUGGUACCUUAUCGCUUGGGAAAACAGUUGUGUUCCUGUUGCCUUUUCUCACUUCCGGUUUGAUGUGGAGUGCGGGGAUGAAGUCCUCUACUGCUAUGAAGUGCAGUUGGAAAGCAAAGUGCGGCGGAAAGGCCUGGGGAAGUUCCUCAUACAGAUCCUGCAGCUCAUGGCUAACAGCACACAGAUGAAGAAAGUGAUGCUAACGGUAUUUAAGCACAAUCAUGGUGCCUAUCAGUUCUUCCGAGAAGCGCUGCAAUUUGAAAUUGAUGACUCUUCCCCCAGCAUGUCUGGUUGCUGUGGGGAGGACUGCUCCUAUGAGAUCCUGAGCCGGAAGACCAAGUUUGGGGACAGCCAGCACUCCCAUACAGGCGGGCACUGCGGUGGCUGCUGCCACUGACCUGUUAGAGCCAUUUGCAAGUUGGAACUCUCUCUUAAGGCCUGUCCUCUACUUUGGUCUUACACUACCUGUCAGGUGCUCUCAGAGCUGUGGUCUCCUUAGCCUUGCAUGUGCCAGGUGGCAUCCUGAGAGCUCAGAAUCCUGGGGAGGAGUAAUCUACACCACCCCUCUUUCCUGGAAGAGCACAGUACCAGGAAUGAGUGCAGAGAAGAGGGUGCUACAGGAAGAGUUGAUGGAGCCUGCACCGAGAAGCUCAUCCUCACAGGAACUGUCUCCUCGCUUGGCCCUUAGGCCCUCAAGUGAAAGUUCCUCCAAUUCUCUGCAGCUGGAUUCCCGACAGGCUCCCCGACCCCCACCUUGGACAAAUGGAAUGUUUAUAUUCACCUUUGUCAAAGUCCUGGAGUCUCGAUCUGGACUGUGUUGGUCCCCAAAGAGGAUUGGACUCUUAAGAUCUGGGCACAGAGUGAGGCUUUGGGGAAACUCACUCUUGUGGAUGGAGUACUGUCAUGGAGACCAUGUAAGCCUUUGACACCAGGAUACAGAGAAGCUCUUUCUAGCUGUGUUUCUAUGGAUACAUAGAGUGGAGUCGUCUCAGGGGACUGGCCAACUCUGAGGGAAAGGCUGCCUCUCUCCAUUGCUAUCAGUGAGAGAAGGGCUAAAAGGAUGAGGAACAGAUGUAAUAAGGGGCUUGUAGUGGAGAUGACUGCUUCUCUGGGCAUUUGGACUUUGCUGCACUCUCAGCUUAACCUCUGGAUCUCAUGGUAGUGACUCAAGCUUUUCACUCAACAAGAAAGCCAGAGGUCCUGUCUGUUCCUCUCCAUUGCCCCCACCACAAUGGGGGCCUCCUCAGCCUCUUGCUUCCACUCUAGAUACCUCUGUUCUUAGUCUUGGGGGGAGUAACAUCAGGGAAGCCCUCUUCUUCCCCUGAAGAACCCACUGUUCCCGGUACAGUUAAUGCCAUUUCCUCUCACUGUUUUGGUGCUGAUAGUUCUCUGAAGGUGGAGUGACUCUCCUACCACCGUGCCUCUUCAGAGAGCCCCCAGCCAGCAGCAGGCUCUUCUGCCUGCAAUCCCCAGCCUUGCCCUUUGCAGCCUCAAUGAGGCACUGGUGCCACUGUCCUGGCCCAUUUGAGCCACAGUUUAGGCUUGAGGAAGAAUGCCUGUCAGUGGCCCAAACAGCUGCUGUUCUCUUUCUCUGGUAUCACCCUAUGGCAGCAGGCUGGAGCAGGGGAAAGAGAUGGCCUUUCUCCUCUCAGAGAGUGAAGAGGGUGUGGGCUCAGAAUUUAUUUUCAUCCUGAUCUAUAGCCCUUGUUCCUCUUUCAAGGAAGAAAAACUAAACCCUUAUCUAGGUGAAAGCACCUUACACUUCCCCUUAGACAUCCCUGAGCUGUUUCAGGGAAUGUUGUGAAGAUUUUCACCCUUGUACAGUUGCUCUCAUGGGGUCUGUUGGUGCCCUGACCUCAGAGCCUGCUCCCUACCCUCUGGCCCAACUCAGGCAAUUUGUCCUGGCAGAGCUCUCUAGAGUGGUCCUUGCUUCUCACCUAGAUUCCUGCCUGUGCAGGAGCCUCUCUUACACAGUCUGACCUCCACUGAGCACCUUGCAUUGCUCUUGAGUCUAUCAGCAGUGGGGUUGGGCACUUGUUGGAGAGGGCCUUACAGCUUUACACUGGAGUAAGUUUAAUUUUGCCUCACCUUUUGGCGCCUGAGUUUUUACCUUUGGUGAGAGAUGGAGUUGCUGGGAGGGGAUUGGUAGACUCCUUCCAAAAAUCAUAAAACAACAGACGCAUGUUUAGAAGAGUUUUUCCUCUAUCCCCAUCUCAACACAAGAAUGAUAAAUAUUUAUUGUUUUAGAUCGUGGAUUUCUGAUACCUCCCACUUAAGGGGAUCAAAAGGAACCCUGUGUAAAUCCCAUGUAACGUGAGUUCAGUGUGUGUUUUCUCUUUCCAGUUGUUGGACACCUAGCCCCAAGCCCAUUGGUGGAUGGGGUCCUGGGUGCCACGCCUUGCUCCUCUAGCCUUCAAAAGCCACCUUUCCUGAAGGGCUAUUCAGGAGGUCACAGUUUGGUGGGAGGAGUGCUGAUUGAGACCAGCUGGCCAUCUUGUGGCUCUUGAGCCUACUAGCUAGUCAAAAGUCAGUCUUCUUCAUCUCUGGGUCUUGGUUUUGAGAAAUGACUUUUUAUACCAGACUUUUUUCGUUUUUGUUUGGGGGCAUGUUAAAAAAAAAGAUUUUUUUUCCUAGUUCUAUUCUUCUUAUUUCAAGUUUUUUUAGUUGGUAUCAAGUGUGUCCUAUGACUGGCUGGGCAUGGUAGCACAUGCCUGUAAUCUCAGCACUCUGGAGGCUGAGGUAGCAUCGCUGUGAGUUUGAGGCCAUCCUGGGCUACAUAGCAAGACCCUGUCUCAAAAAACUUAAAAAAAAAAAAGUACAUAUAUGACAUGUGUAUGGUUGUUUUUACCCUCCCCCCAACUGCCUUUUAAAGAGAAAAUUUGGAAGAUAAA